UAUUUAAAUUUUACUGAAUCAUGUCCUUUCCUAAACCACACAGGUAACAUGGACACAUGGAGACAGGAAAUUACUCUGAAGUGACUGAAUUCUUUCUGGUGGGGCUUUCCCAAUACCCAGAACUCCAGCUUUUUCUGUUUGUGCUCUGUCUCAUCAUGUAUCUGAUAAUCCUCCUGGGAAAUAGCCUCCUCAUUAUCAUCAUCAUCUUGGAUUCCCGUCUUCACACCCCCAUGUACUUCUUCCUUGGAAACCUCUCAUUCUUGGAUAUCUGUUACACAUCAUCAUCCAUUCCUCCAAUGCUUCUUAUGUUUAUGUCUGAGAGAAAAUCCAUCUCUUUCAUUGGUUGUGCUCUGCAAAUGGCUGCUUCCCUUGGCUUGGGCUCCACGGAGUGUGUCCUCCUGGCUGUGAUGGCCUAUGACCGGUAUGUGGCCAUCUGCAACCCACUGAGGUAUCCCAUCAUCAUGAACAGGGUGUUAUAUGUGCAAAUGGCUGCAUGGUCUUGGAUCAUAGGCUGUCUGAAUUCUCUAGUUCAAACAGUCCUGACAAUGGUGUUGCCUUUCUGUGGAAAUAACAUCAUCGAUCAUCUGACCUGUGAGAUCCUGGCUCUUCUUAAACUCAUAUGCUCAGAUAUCUCCAUGAAUGUGUUCGUCAUGACAGUGGCAAGUAUUGUUUUACUGGUGAUUCCUCUACUGUUAAUUUUUGUCUCCUAUGUGUUCAUCCUCUCUUCCAUCCUGAGAAUUAAUUCUGCUGAGGGAAGAAAGAAAGCCUUUUCUACUUGUUCAGCCCACCUGACUGUGGUCAUCUUAUUCUAUGGUUCAGCUCUUUUUAUGUACAUGAAGCCCAAGUCAAAGGACACAAAAACAUCUGAUGAGAUCAUUGGGUUGUCUUAUGGAGUGGUAACCCCAAUGUUGAACCCCAUCAUCUACAGCCUGAGAAAUAAGGAAGUAAAAGAAUCUGUGAAGAAAAUCCUCAGCAGACACUUUCAUUUAUUAAAACCAUGAAAGAGCAUAAGCCUGAG